AUUUACUAUGGCUGUGUUUUUGAAAUUGCUAUUAUUGAUUUUUUACUUCUUUGCCUUUGUCAAGACUAUUUAUUCUGUAAUGUGCUGUUGUAAAUGUAGUAUGCCUGGAUGCUUUGAAAGUCAAAGUGAAGUGUGUGGUAAACAUGGCGCAAUUGAUCCUGGUGUAGAUAGUUGUAGUACAGGUUAUUGGCAGUGUGAUGUUAGGGAUAGAACAUGUUUUGAUGUAAGAUGUGAUUCUUUAUAAUUAUAAAAUUGUUUUUGAAGAAUAUAAAUAUCAGGCAUAAAAGCAUUGUUGCCUUUUUAUCCAUAAAUAAAGUGUUGUUGUUACAUUUUAGAGUAAAAUUCGUUCAUAUUAUAUAUUUGAAAAAAUCAC